CCUCAAGAUUUCCUUUUUCAUCAUCCAUCGCGGGUAAAUCAACACCUUGCAUGCAAUCGGCCGUGCCUGGGUCCAGUUGAUCUCCUUACCUGCUGUGAUCUCCCGAAAGGAUCAAAUUCAGGUACGAUGCCCCGGGUCCCAAGGCAAGCCUCCGCUGGGGCCUGCAAGAGACCCAGUAAUGUACACCAGGAGAUGCGAUGUCGUUGUGAUGAAGCGGCCUUUUCUUCGCAGCAGGCUUCAUAUCGGAAGUAGGUCCUCAUUCUGGCGUGCUAGCCUUGCACUUCCAUGCUAUAUUCUACUUCUAGAGGUUCCUGUACAUUCUUCGGUGAAUCCGUUUUCGGUCUUUCGUCGAGAAUGUGAUUCGAAGCACUAAUCUUUGUCACACCAUCAUACAAGAUCUCUCCAUUCAUAGAUCCACUGUGGCCGAUGAUUAAAGGGCACAGCAGGGAGACUGAAGGUGAUAUUGUUGACAAGAGAACUUGCUGGUAUCACAAGCUGCAGCUAUCCGAGACCAGCCACGAGGGACAGCAUCUGGAAGGCCCAAACUUUUAAAUUGCCGGGUCAUAUACAUCUUCCUCGCCGCCAUCUCGCGGCCGACAGAGUCAUUGAUCGGGUGCACAGCAACGUACCGACUGUCUAGGUACAAUGAAGCCCUACAACGCUCAACAGCUCACACCAAGUCUUGUGGGCAUCAGCAACAUCGGCCAAGUCAGAAUAGGUGGCUGCUGCUAGUCGCAACUUCCGCAUUUGUGCCUGCUCUUGCCAAUUUGGGAAGCCUCAUCAAAUACUUGUAACUCGAAGUCUUUGCGUGCCAUCUUCAACCCACGUUGCAGAUACAUCCAGAAUUCACCUUAGCAUCUGUCGUGUUUGUUUGGUAGUCAGGGCGCGCGAAGGACCACCUUUCGACGCAUACUCAUCCACAUUGCUGCCUUAUCAUAGAAGAUUUGGAAAACAUGUUUUUCAAAUCCUGGGAGCUGUGGGCGCAGAUGACGUUCGUGAGUGGCAUUCACACUAACGUGAGGACAUCUUUCUAACCAACGACCAGGUCCUAGCCAUAGCUAUCGUCGUAGUCAUUACCAUAGGAUACACGAAGCUGAUGUGGCGGAAUAGACUUGUACAGAGGCAAGAAUUGGUCGAUGAGGAGAAGCGGACACGCAUCCAACAGUUAAGAAACAGUGGGCAAAUCGUUGAGUCAAGGAAGAGCUACGAUAUACCCUUCGGAGUGAGAGCAAUUCAGAGCGGGAUACAGGUCGAUGGAAUAUGGAUCUCCCAGACUGCGACUCCAAGUCCAAAUCAGCUCAAGGUUAGCCAUAUUUACAGUGGCUCGUCAGAAAACUUCCCAGGUACAGAAUCUAGCAAGGAGGCUGAUGUUUCCGAAGAGUCAAAUCUCGAAGCUCUGCGGUCAUCGUCAAGGGAAGGAAGAUCCUCUACUAGGAAUAGCAAUUCAAGUGGCAUGUUCCCAACCCAGGAUGCUAUCCGCGAGGCAGAAUCGUGGGCAGUAUACAAGCCAAGAACAGCAUCCCACCUUCGACACGGUAGUUGUGGAGUGUAUGACGAAGAAACCCUUGGUCAAUUAGAGGGGAAAGCAUCGACAAAGCAGAAAGUUCAGGCUCAUCGUCCUGGUGGUUCUCGUAACAUCGAUGUGGAAGGCGAAUCAUCGUUUGCUGCAGACAACGAACGUUCCUCUGAUGCUUCAUUCAGAUCUGACACUUCUCUCUCACACAAAGCACAUCUGCAUAGCAACGCAUCCCGACAAAAGCUCUUGAGUGAUAUGCCAAGCGCCGAUAUAGCUUCCCUAAAUUUGUUCAAUGUUACAUCUGCGAAACCAAUAAACAUAGUCAAACCACCUCCGACUUUCGCAGCCGAAUACUUCUCGAUCCCAAUCGAAUCACCUAAUGAAGAGGGAUCAGAUCCAUUUGCGACUCCGUUCAUGAGCCCUCUGGGUUCACCCGAAAUGAAACCACAGCACUCACCAGCUUCAGCACAUCCAAACUGGCUCGAUGGCCAGCAGCACUCAACUCCAACAACGCGCUCACCAUCGCCCUUUCUUACAGGAGAACUCCAUGUCAAUAAGUCUGUUCGCAAGGUCAAUUCGGGCUUUGAAGUCUUACCAGCUGGAACAUUCGGGGUUCCUGCUGGAUCCAGUCAAGCAAAAGGCACAGGAUACGACAAUAAUGAUGAUGCGGGUGACAGAAGACAUCCCAUAAAACUACAAAAAAAGCCUCGUUCGUCAAUUGGAGGCAGAACAUCAAGCACUAUGGAGAGUCCCUGACCCUUAGUAAUAGCAGUUGUUUCAGAUGAGAGCUCGUGAUAUAGUCCAGCCUUGAGGAUAUAUGGUGGACAGAGAGAAACUGUUUGCGCUUCGCAGCACGAUCCUUGCAGAUAUAAUUUGGAGACAUUCGAGUCAGGGGCUGGUCACAAACCUGUGUCAAUAGCUUAGUUGUUGAAGAAAACAAUGAAUGCUAGAGAUGACAGACCUAAUAUAUCAAAGUAAGAAUAUACCGGCGUCGAGUUGUGGGUGUGAUUCUGCGAAGGCCGCACUGCCUAGAAAGAGCAAUCAUCUUCGAUGCCUUUGAUAGGAGAUGGAUCUGCGAUCAUCUUCUCACAAAUCUUUUCAAUGGGCUGGCUCCACAGCAGUGUGGAACCUACAGCGCCCAAGAGCCUAGAGGAACAAAGUCGGUCUUUUGUCUUGAGACCUAUAUGUCAAAUAUGCGUGUAGUUUUCAUACGUUUGAUAUGUGUAUUUUACUGAAACAUAAGGAAUCAUUCCUAUUUGCUCCCUAGAUUCCUCUAAAUAUUUC